CCGGACGUGACGCAAAAGGGCAGGGGCCGAGAACCGGAGCCUGGGUUGGCAUCUUUGGUUGGCAGCCGCGGGGCGACGGGCUGAGCAUACUGGAGAGUCAUUCUCCCAGGAUUGUGAAGAAUGUAUUCACCGCAACGGAGGGACUUUAUAUCAGUGACCCUGGGUAGCCAGGCAGGAAGGAACUAUGACAACAGUAAAACCUGGCGAAGACAGUCAUUUUGGAGGAAAUGGAAACAGCUCUCAAGAUUGCAGCGAAGCUUAAUUGUCUUCAUGUUUAUCUUCAUGAUGUUCUGUGGUAUUGCAACAUAUCUUAACCUGUCUGAACACUGGCAAGUCAUUGAAGGUCGUGACCAAGAACUGAAGCAAGUUAAGCCAGUGGUCGUACCUGCACUAGAUGUGCUUUUAUCAAAGGCAACGUUUAUCUCUCAACAACCAAAACUUAAAAGACCAAAUCUGAACAAGCGUGGGCCACCAUUUUUACAAAAUCGUUUGUCGAAGAACGAAAAAGAGGAACCAAAAAUCAGGAAGAAUAAUGAAGCUGGAGCUGAUGACAAAGAUAAAGAAAAAAAUAACAUUGUCAGUUGGCGUGGAAUGGAGAUCGCACCUGAAUGGGUUACUGCAGCUCCACCCGAUUCAAAGCAAGAGGAGAAGCCAGUGUUGCAUGAAAAAGUAAACACCAAAGAAACAGCCACUGUAAACAAGCAGCAGAUGGCAGUGAUAGAAGCAUUCCAGCAUGCGUGGAAAGGAUACAAACUGUACGCCUGGGGUCAUGACGAACUGAAGCCGAUUUCUAAGACCUACAGUGAAUGGUUCGGCUUAGGACUGACGCUGAUUGAUGCCCUGGACACCAUGUGGAUUUUAGGCCAAAAACAAGAAUUUGAAGAAGCCAAGAAAUGGGUGAUUGAUGAAUUGAAUCUUGGUAAAAGCGUGGAUGUGAAUUUGUUUGAGACGACAAUUCGUAUUCUUGGUGGAUUACUCAGCGUGUACAAUCUAACUGGAGAUCAAGUCUUCCUGGAUAAAGCAAGUGAGCUGGGGGAUCGUCUGAUGCCAGCCUUCAAUACUCCGUCCAAGAUUCCGUAUUCUGACGUGAACAUUGGCCUUGGAACUGCUCAUGCUCCCCGCUGGACCUCUGACAGUACUGUGGCAGAGGUGACCAGCAUUCAGCUCGAGUUUCGGGAGCUGAGCCGCCUCACCAAAAAAGAUAAGUACCAGGCAGCGGUAGAUGAUGUAAUGAAACACAUUCACAGACUGGAGGGGAAGAAGGAUGGAUUGGUGCCAAUGUUCAUAAACACCAACUCAGGACAAUUUAGCCACCUUGGUGUCUAUACGCUUGGUGCCAGGGCUGACAGCUACUAUGAGUAUCUCCUUAAACAGUGGAUCCAAGGAGGAAGGAAAGAGGCAGACUUGCUGGAAGACUAUCUACAGGCUAUAGAGGGGGUCACGACAAACUUAAUUCGAAAAUCAGAACCAAACAAACUGACCUUUGUAGGUGAAUUGUCCCAUAAUCAAUUCAGUCCAAAGAUGGAUCAUUUGGUUUGUUUCCUUCCUGGGACUCUAGCUUUAGGAGUUCAUCAUGGGCUUAGUGCCAAUCACAUGAAACUGGCCAAGGAACUGAUAGAAACCUGCUAUCAAAUGUAUGCACAGAUUGAAACUGGAUUAAGCCCAGAGAUUGUGUAUUUCAAUCAGAAUCCACACAAUGCCAAGGAUGUUGAAGUUAAGCCUGCAGACAGACACAACCUUUUAAGGCCUGAGACAGUAGAAAGCCUUUUCUACAUGUAUAGAUUUACAAGGGAUAAGAAAUACCAGGAAUGGGGCUGGGAGAUUUUUCAAAACUUCAACAAAUAUACUCGGGACCGUAGGCUGAUUAUCCUAUGUCUUGAGCGAUUUUAAGAGCAACCCAGCGUGAUUCGAUCUUCCAGCUCUGAGUUCAUAGUUCUGCAGGUUACAGCUCUCUCUAUGAACACAUCCAAAUACUUUACACGUGCACUAAGAACACAAUAGGAACAUGAGCAGGCAAUCUAACUCUCCCAUUCAAGAUCCUGGAUCAAUGUAAGUUCACAGCACCAGUCCCAUUAUCUGUUUCCUUGAAUGCUUUGAUUGACCAGUGAUGGAGCCUCUGCAGUUCUGCAGGGUAGCCUAUUCCAAAAGCUCAACACCCUUUGAAUGAAGAAACCUUUCUAAUCUCAAUUUGCCAACCGUAUAUUUUGAAACACCUACAUGUGGUCCUAGACUUCUCAUCCAGGGGAAACAUCUUCCCUGCAUCCCAUUUAUCAAACCCUUUAAGAUCCAAUCCCCUGUCCUGCCACCCCUUCAAAGGUCUGGAAAAUAUGGUCCUACUUAACUCACUUCCUUGUACGGCUAACCUUCAUUGCAGUCUCUCUACGACAGGUACAUACUUUCUAAUACAAUCAACCACGCAUUUUAAUGGUGAAUUAUCCAGUGUUUGUAAUACAUGGCUCAUUUGACUAUUGUUUCACUCUAUCGAUAGCUAUCUGCAACCACUAGUGCAUUUCAUACCUUUCUAUUGGGCUUCACACAGCUGUACGGUGUAAUUUCAAAACUGAUCACUGGUUUUCAGUAUUCAAAAAAUCAAUGGAAAUGGCCUGAAGGUUGGGACUGGAUUUCAGUGGUUCCAUGUUAACUAGUCUAGGGCUCACCUAGAUUUGUGGACAGCACAUCAACAGAUGUCAAAGACAGAAUGUGUUCAGUCUCUUGGCAGCCACCUCAGUUCCAAAAAUGUUCCAGCCUCUUCAAUCUUUCCUCCUAGCUAAUUUUGUUUCAGUAGUGAGAACAUAAGCCUAAAGGUUUGCUCUUGCCUUAAUACAUUUUAAUGCAUUUCUGUGGUUGUUUGCAUUGCUAAUGUAAAGGCUCAAAUUUUUGUGCAGCCUUUUGCCUCUCCGCUGUUUGGAUGCAUGGUAUUUUCUUAGCUUAAGGAGCUGACUUGCAUUUAUGUAGUCAUAAGCGCCUGUCC